ACUUUCCCAGCCGGCGCCCCAGGGGCCGCAGUAGCCGGCCGAAGCUUGAGCCAGUCCGUACACUCAGCCAUUAGUCUCGCAGUUAUGAAAUCCUUCUGCCUCGGGUUCCUGUUGCUGGGAUAUCUCCUAGCUCCCUCCCAGGGGCUCCCAGGUCCCUCCCAGGGGCUCAAACCAGGGGACGAUGUUGUCAUUGACGGAAGAGAGAUCACUAUAGGCCUGGCCACCACCUACUUCCUCCGCUCCCUGAUGACAACGGCUGAUAUAUUCUUGAAGAUCAUCAACAUUCUCCUGCCGGGCCCCGACGACGAGGUGGACUACUUCGAGGUGAUCAAGGAGGACGUGGAGACGGUGGUCGGGGACUACAUCGACCAGCACAACAUGGACCAGCUCGAGGUCUACAAGAGUGACCUGGGCGUCUUGCUGCGCAGGUACUACGAGGCCCCGGUAGAGAGCAGCACUUACCCGGACAAGAACACCGUUGCCAACUCCCUCUCCACCUCCAUCGUUGCCAACCGCUACCUGGUGGAGGCCGGGGAGCGGCCACAGUCAAUGAUCAUCCACUACGGCGACAUUGCCUCCAUCCACAUCCUCGCCCUCCAGGACGUGGCCGAGACAUACAGCACCUACGGCGACGUCUCAAGAUGGUGGGUGGACCUCAACGACCAGCUCGCCCACUACAUCGACCACGGUCGUCGCCUCCAGGACGACGUCGUCGACUGGCGGAACGACAUGAUGACGUGUAGCUACGACGAGGGUAAUAAAUACGACACUUGGACUGUGACAGACCAGGUGUCCGGGGUGGUUGACACCUGUAUGCAGGUCCAUGGUACUCACAGCUGUGACGACCACUGCCAAGCCUAUCAGAUCUCCAUGAACAGGGAAGUGUCGCUCUUCGUGUGGAACUACUUGGGCAAGAGUAUACGGCAGUGGGAGCUGCUGAAGAUCAAGGCUGCCCGCCUGGCCGGUAUGGUCGACAGAGUGGUAGAGUCAUGAGCACUGAGAGGUCCCUCCACCACCCACCCCAGACACCUGGCCAAUGGAGAAUUGUGUUUUUAUUCAGGUCAAUAAUACAGUAUCAUCAAGA